GAAUCUGGUCCGAAGUUGUCGGAACGAAUCGUUUGCUUUAUCGAACAAAGCGUCUAUUAGGGGGUCGUCGGUUGGCCCCCUAUUUUCAACCAUUACAGCUGGCGUCGACCAGCUUUGCGAUACGGACGGACACGAAGAAGAACGCAGGCAGCGGAAAUGCAAAAGAGAAGAGCAAAGAUUCCCGACCCAGAGCAUGUUAUUGACUCAACCACAAAUCUGUUGAAUGAAGGUAGCUUGCUUACUCUCAGCCACUAGUUAGAAUGACUUCCCUUGACUUCGCUUAUGCUCAGUCAAGUGAGGCGGGCUAAGAUUCCAUUCGAAGUAACGUAACAGGAUUCGAUUAUGCACCAUCUUCAAAAGAUCUCUUCUCGGGAUCCGGAGUUUUUCGAGAAAAGGUCCCAUCCUUCAAUAUCAUGAUUGGGUCGACCAGGUCAGGCCAGAUCAUGAGUGAAAUAUCAUGAUCGGGUCGACCAGGUCAGGCCCGAUCAUGAGUGAAUAGAAAAUCGAAAACGUACAUUGCUGUUCCAGCUGAAAUACUUGGAAUAAUUCUACCACUUCUACUAGGAGUAGCCUUUUUAGUGCUAGCUGAACGUAAAGUAAUGGCUUUUGUGCAACGUCGAAAGGGUCCUGAUGUAGUGGGAUCGUUCGGAUUGUUACAACCUCUAGCAGAUGGUUCGAAAUUGAUUCUAAAAGAACCUAUUUCACCAAGUAGUGCUAAUUUCUCCCUUUUUAGAAUGGCUCCAGUGGCUACAUUUAUGUUAAGUCUGGUCGCUCGGGCCGUUGUACCUUUUGAUUAUGGUAUGGUAUUGUCAGAUCCGAACAUAGGGCUACUUUAUUUGUUUGCCAUAUCUUCGCUAGGUGUUUAUGGAAUUAUUACAGCAGGUCGGUCUAGUAAUUAGGGGGGCGGCCGUUCGGUCGCCUAUGAUACUAGGACCAAUGGGUCAAAAAUGGGUUUGUGCCGCAGGUGUUGAACGAUCUACUCUACACAGGUGUGGGCUUACAGGGCUAGGGCUCAUAAACCCUUUCUUUCAUUCAUCAAUAGGGCCCUGGUCGGUCACUUUUCCGGGCCGGGAUCGAGAAGUGGAAGUCAUAAAAAAGAGAUGUUUCUCUUCGCACCUCAGAUCAAGAGGAAAGGUAGCUUGUCAAGCUGGCCUAUAUAGAUAUAUAGCUGUCUUUUAACCGGCUGUUCUUCUUUGUCAACGCUACUGACGGACCAGCUGAAAAACGUAAGCGCAAGCGCCCUAUCACGUGACGGCUCCCGCCGUCCCCCCCAGACCCCCCCGAGGCUCCCGCGCCUUCUGAAGAAGCUGCUUGCUGGUUCGCCUACUUUACUUAUGAAAGAUAAUGAGAAUGGGUUCUUCAAAAAGGAAAAGGCGACGAAAGCCCCCUACAUUAGAUUAGUAGAAGUCAGCGGCUGAGUUAGCCUAGCCUACCCGUAUAUACUAUAGUAUAGUAUAGUAUAGUAUAGUAGGCGAGCGAGUUAGCGAAGACGCGUCAGGCUAAUAGAUAAGAGAGCGUCGGUGCGUAGCCUUCAUUCUACUACGCUACGCAAAGGUUACGAAGUCACGUCAGCUCGACGUUAGGAGAGUCAAGGGGGAACACCCUACAUAGAAGAACCGCUGUUCGCUGACUUUCUAAGGUAUAACCUUUCGCUCCCCUACUGAAAAGGGGCAAAGCCGCUUCGCACCACUGAUAGACUACUUAAGAUUCAAUUCAAAAGGCGCUACUUAGUUUCGCAAGCCUUUGUCAUUGUCAGUCAACUAAGUAGGGCGAACAGCCCCC